AUAAAACAAUCUGAACUAGGCUCUAUAGGUAUCGAUAUUGUAAAAACAUAAACUGUUGUGUAUAUAUAAUCUGAGGUGAUGGAGUACCUCUCCCCCGGGGCCCCGGGACGGCUUGGGUGUGACCAGAGUGAGGGGAGUACAGACACCUUGAGGACGUUAAUACAAGUAGAUGUCGAUUUCUCCGUGACGUAUAAAUAUAUGUGAUUUACCUGUAGUCCAUAUCACAACUUUAUCUUUCAUAUCAUCACCGAAUCAUCCGUACUCCAGCUAGUUGAUAACGAGAUCCAGAUUUACUUGACUCCACGCUACAGAUUUAAUCUCUCGACCUAUUAUUAUGACAUCCCCUUUGACCUUCACCCCGUGGCGCAACCUUGACUUUGAUGACGAUGAGAUCAAAUCCUUGAUGACCCCGGAAGUGAAGAAGAAUCUCCGUCAGCUGUUCGAUGAUGAGGAUUCUGGACUUGGAAUGGAUGAUGGUGUGUUCGGGAGUCCAAUAGACUACAAAGUUUCUACAAGAUUGGAUUUCAGCAACGUGUUUGAUUCACCAGUACAGGCAGCCAAUGGACGUGAUACUAGCUUCAGACGAUCUCUCCUCUCAGACAAGCGUCCACGUGAUGACGAUGAAGAUUCCUGUUCACCCCCACCGAAGUCACAGAGGAGGGACGAGAGGGCACUGUCUUUUGAGGGCGACCAAACGUCGAGGUCACGUGACGUUAAGACUGCCGUUAACCGAUUGGUGGAGGAGGAUGAUUUAGUGGGGGACGGGACUGACACGUUUUGUCUGCCGACCAUCAGGGGCAAUCACCAGGACCUCAAGUCUAUCUCUGCACACACGAUGGCAGAUAUCCUGACCGGAAGGUAUGAUGACGUCAUCAAUGACUACAGAAUCAUCGACUGUCGGUACCCAUACGAGUUCGAGGGAGGUCAUAUACAGAAUGCCGAGAACAAGUACACACGUGACCAGGUUCAGCAGCUGCUUCAUGAGAGACGGAGUGAUGUUACUGGGAAGAGAAACAUCCUCAUCUUCCACUGUGAAUUUUCCUCAGAGAGGGGGCCCAAAAUGAUGCGAUUGUUGAGGACCCAUGACCGUGCCCAGAACGAGGCUAACUACCCGGCCUUGACCUUCCCCGAGGUGUAUCUCCUGGACGGCGGGUUCAAGGCUUUCUAUCACACGGACAAGACUCUGUGUCAGCCCAUGGAAUAUAAGCCCAUGUUACAUCCUGGGCACUGUGACGACCUGCGUCACUUCCGGUCGAAAUCCAAAUCCUGGUCUUGUGGAGACAAGAAGAAAUCUGUGUGCCGACGUCAUGUUUGAAAUUUUAUUUCACUCAUAACCCGAACGAGAUUAUGUCAAAUAUGCCGUGAUUUGGACACGAUGAACGGAAAUUUCCAGUUUUAUUGACACCAACUUAUUGAAAUGACGUAACACCAACCUUGAAUUCACAAACAUGUUGAUGAAUGACAAAUUGUGAUGAAAGUUGUAUGCGACGAUACGCCAAGUCUACCAGUACAAGUGGCGGUAUUACUGGACUAUUUUUGAAGUGCUAUCUUUAAACUCAAGUGCUAUACUGUAGUAUGUGAUCAUUUGUCGUGGUCACCAGUAGGCCGAUAUUACUUGGCUAUUGUGAAGUGAUGU